AUGGCACAACUUUAUAUCAACGGGAAGAACUACGGCCCUCAUCCAUUCGUGGUUCAGAUUCGAGAUCUCAAGACUCAUGAGCCACUUGAGAACGUCCACGUUGGUGACAUUGGCCCUAAGUUCGGCUACAACACUAUGGACAAUGGAUUCCUGCUCUUCAACAAAGUCAAGAUCCCUCAUAUCAACAUGUUGGCUCGCUUCUCCCGCGUCGACCCCAUUACUAACAAAUAUGUUCGACCCGCCUCCCCAUCCCUGAUCUACGGCACACUUACUUGGGUCCGAUCCACCAUCGUCCUUCAAUCUGGCGGUGUCCUUGCCCGCGGUGUUACCAUUGCUACUAGAUACUGCGCUGUCCGAAGACAGUUCCAGGACCGUGAUGCCCCUGCUAACGCACCCGGCGAGAAUCAGGUGCUCGACUACAAAAUGGUACAGAUUCGCCUGUUCCCCUUGUUGGCCGCCACCUUCGCCCUGCACUUUAGUGGCCGUGGCAUGAUGGCGCUUUACAAUCACAACCAGGUUAUCAUGAAGAAAUCUGCCAGCAACCAGGCAAGCGGCAGGGGUGCUGGUCCCGAGGAGCUGAACCCUGGUGCUGAUCUCUUGGCCGAUCUCCAUGCUACUUCUUGUGGUCUUAAGGCACUAGCAAGCACCGUUGCUGCUGAAGGGUUGGAAGUUUGCCGUCGUGCUUGUGGUGGUCAUGGAUACAGCAGCCAUAGUGGAAUUGGCCCCUGGUACUCUGACUACUUGCCCAACACCACCUGGGAAGGUGACAACUACAUGUUGACCCAGCAAGUUGCCCGAUAUCUCCUUAAAUCUGCCAGAUCCGUCUUUGUAGGCAAACCAGCCAACAACGACACCUGUGCUAUCCUUCAAUCGUAUCUCUCCCGCCGCGAGACCGGUGCCGCUUUCGAUAUCCUCGAAAACGACGCUGACAUCGUUGCUGCAUUCGCCUGGAGAGCAGCCUACCUGACCUUUGAGGCCCUUAAGCACCGUGAUGUCGAGAAGCGAUCCUGGAACAGCCUUCUUGUUGACUUCUGGAGACUCUCCACCGCACACUCUCAGUACCUUGUUGUCAAGAACUUCUACGAAGCUGUUUUCCCAUCUGGCUCCUCUGCCGAGGUCGCUGCCUCCCUAGGAAUUGACGAGCCAACAUUGGAUGUCCUUCGAAAGCUUUUCCGCCUUCACUCCCUACACACUCUCGAGCGUGAGUCGGCUGACUUCUUCACCUCCGGAGCUGUCACCACAAGACAGAUUAUCCUUACCCGCACUAAGGCUGUGAUGAGGCUGCUCGACGAAAUCCGUCCUCAUGCCGUCCGCCUCGUUGAUUCGUGGAAGUUCCCUGACUGGCAGCUUGAUACCUCCCUCGGCAGAUUUGAUGGAAAGGUUUACGAGGAUUUGUUCCGUCGCGCAAGUGAAGAGAACCCUCUUAACGAGCUAACCUUCGAUCCUUACCCAAUGAGCAACACUUUGGUAAAGAAUGAUAAGAGCAAGCUUUGA